AUGAGUUAUCUCAUAAAUAAAAAAAAUCGUUUAAAAAAAAAAUAUACUAAUAUUCUCGCUAGAGAUUUUGGAAUUGUCAUGAAGGAUUCUUCUACUGAGAUUAUAGUUAUUUGUAAUGGUGGACUAUGUAACGGAAUAACAUAUGAAAUGGUUUGGAACGUUUUUCAUAAAUUUGAAAAUUUUAAAAAAAUUGUCAUGGUCCCUGGAAAAUCAUAUUCGUUUAUCAUAUUUGAAAAUAAAAAAAAUUCCGAGAAAGCUUUUAAUCUUUUAAAUGAUAAAAUAAUAUGGCCUGUUAUUAAGGGUCCCAUAUUUUUAGGUUAUGUUGAAAGUAUAAAUAUAUCUCUGCUUAAUCAGGCUAAAAUUUUUCAAAAACCUCCAGGCCUUGUACUACUAGAAGAUUUUAUAUCGGAAGAAGAAGAAACGGAAAUUUUAAAAUUACUCAAAUUUAAUGAUUCUGGAGAAGAAUAUUCUUCAGAGCUUAAACACAGAAAAGUAAAACAUUAUGGAUAUGAAUUUAAAUAUGGUAGCAAUAAUGUAAAUUUAAAUGAACCCAUUAAAAAAAUUCCAUCCAAGCUUAAUUAUUUGUGGGAUAGAUUAAAAAAAUAUUCAGAUAAUUUUGAAAGCGAUUUUGAUUUUACACCGGAUCAAUUGACUGUAAAUUGUUAUGAACCUGGACAGGGAAUUCCUCCUCAUGUUGAUACUCAUAGUGCCUUCGAAGAUGGAAUCCUUUCUUUAAGCCUGGAAUCAUCUGUCGUUAUGGAAUUUAAAAAUGAUAAAGAUUUGACAUUUAGCGUCCUUUUACCGAGAAGAAGUUUAUGUUUAAUGCUCGGUGAAUCCAGGUACAAUUGGGUACAUGGAAUCACACCUAGAAAAUCGGAUUUAAUUCCUAAUAAAGAUGGUUCACUUACCGUUCAGAAUAGAGAGAGAAGAACUUCGUUGACGUUUAGAAAAACAAGAAGGGGAUGUUGUAGUUGCAAAUAUCCUAAAUUUUGUGACACUGCCAUUGAAAAACUUAAAAAUUUUCCCAAUGUUAUUUCUGAAAUUAAAAAUAUUAAUCUUAGAAAAGAAGAUGCAUCGGAAAUAGAAAAAAAUUUCGUUCACCAAGUAUAUGAUAAAAUAGCAUCACAUUUUAGUGAAACAAGAUACAAACCGUGGCCAAACGUUUUUGAAUUUGUCAAUUCAUUUCCAUCAGGUUCCAUACUUGUAGAUGUCGGUUGUGGAAAUGGUAAAUAUUUCACAAAACAAUCGAAUAGAUUUGAAAUUGGAUGCGAUUCAAAUGGUGGACUUAUGAAAGUAUGCAAAGAAAGAGGAUUCGAAUGUUUUUCUUGUAAUUGUUUGAACAUUCCCUUAAGAGAUGAUAUUGCUGAUGGAUGUAUUUGUAUUGCAGUUAUUCAUCAUUUAACAACAGAGGAGAGAAGAGAAAAAGCUAUAAAAGAAAUGAUUCGUAUUUUAAAAAGUAAAGGAAAAGCGUUGAUUUACGUAUGGGCAAAAAAUCAAGAAUUAAAAGGUGAAAAAUCAUACUAUUUGAAACAAAACGAUUUGAGAAAAAUACUCGCACCCGAAGAUGAUUGCAAACUGGAAAUAAUCCCAUUGAAUAAAUCACAACAAGACCUUGUUUUGCCCGUUCAUAAUAAUCGCACUGCAUUCGCAUACAACGAUAUGUUAGUCCCGUGGAAAUUAAAGUUGAAUAAUAAUAAUAAUAAUAAUAAUAUUGAUCCUUCUCAAGCUCCCGUUUAUUUAAGAUUUUAUCACGUUUACGAAGAUGAUGAAUUGAAAAAUGUUUGCCUUAAAUUAGAAAAUAUCUUUUAG